CAAGGAGACCCUGUCCCUAAAAAACAAAAACAAUGCAAAAAAAAAAAAAAUUAGCCUACCUAUUGAUUCUUUGAUAGUUAUAUACAAUAUGUUUUAUCAUAUUCAGACCUUUUCCCCCAUCUCCCACCUCCCUACUCCCACCUUGCUUCAUGUCCUCUUUUAUUUUUUUAAGGCCUACCAAGUCUAAUUUGUGUUCCUCAAAUGCUACUGGGCAUGGAUCCAUCCCCUGGAGUCACACCCUUAAAGAAAACUGACUCUUCCUCUCCCAGCAGCUAUCCAUUGACAGUAAUUCCACCUAGUGCUGUGGCUUCUUGCCAGGCUCUUCCCUCCAUGCUGAGUCUUUGACUGGCUUGAGUUUGUGCAAGUCUUAUGCACGCUGUCACAAGCCCUGUGCUACCUAGGACUUCAAAUGUAUAGGUUCAUAAAUGGUACUAACUAGGUAGAUACAGUAAUUUAAAGGUCCUGGAACACAGGAUAUCAGCGUGACAGCCAAAAGUAGGAUCCAGGUCUUACUGCCCCACCUGGGCAGCCUCUCCCUGCUCCUCAACUAGAACUCCAUCCUUUCUAGGCAAGCAGGGCUGUUUUGUGUUACAGGCACACAUGGCAUUCAGGGAUGUGGCUGUGGAUUUCUCCCAGGAGGAAUGGAGCCUGUUGAGCCCUGCUCAGAGAACCCUGUACAGAGAGGUGAUGCUGGAGAACUACAGCAACCUGGUCUCUCUGGGAAUUCCAUUUUCAAAACCAAAACUCAUCACCCAGCUAGAGCAAGGGAAGGAGACAUGGAGAGAGGAAAGAAAAUGUCCCCAGGCUGCCUGUUCAGUUCCAGAGGAUCCAUCACUCUCUUCUGACCCCCGAGGGCACUGCACGUCACAGGUCCAUCGACCUACAUGCAACCAGGAGAAGCAGCAGCAAGCCUCUGAUGGGAGCUCCUGGAGAGAGAAAGCAGGAGGCGGAGGGAGAGAAGGCACCAGGCCUUCAUUUGGAAGGACAAAGAAAAGGAGUUUGGGAGCCUUCUCCAGACCACUCCAGAAGAAGCAGGUCAGCUCUGGGAAUGGCACGACAGGAGUAGAGCUGGAGGCCAGCCCAGCUCCAGCUAGGAGCCCUGAAGAAACAGACAAAUUACUGAAGCGAAUAGAGUUGUUGGGAUUUGGAGGUGUCAACUGUGGAGAGUGUGGGCUGGGCUUCCGAAAGAUGACAAACCUGCUUAGUCACCAGAGGAUCCACUCGGGGAAGCCAUAUGUGUGUGGGGUGUGCAAGAAGGGCUUCAGUCUAAAGAAGAGCCUUGCCAGACACCAGAAGGCACAUUCCGGGGAGAAACCCGUCGUUUGCAGGGAAUGUGGCCGAGGCUUUAACCAGAAGACAGCACUCAUCAUUCAUGAGAGGACACACUCAGGUGAGAAGCCUUACAUGUGCAAUGAGUGUGGACGAAGCUUUAGCCAGAAGUCAACGCUCAUCAUUCAUGAGAGGUCACAUUCAGGUGAGAAGCCUUACAUGUGCAAUGAGUGUGGACGAGGCUUUAGUCAGAAGUCAACACUCAUCAUUCAUGAGAGGACACACUCGGGGGAGAAGCCUUACAUGUGCAAUGAGUGUGGACGAGGCUUUAGCCAGAAGUCAACACUCAUCAUUCACGAGCGGACACACUCAGGUGAGAAGCCUUACAUGUGCAAUGAGUGUGGACGAGGCUUUAGCCAGAAGUCAAACCUCAUCAUCCACCAGAGGACACACUCAGGGGAGAAGCCUUAUGUGUGCCAGGAGUGUGGCAAAGGCUUUAGCCAGAAGUCAGCUGUUGUUAGGCACCAGAGGACACACUUAGAGGAGAAGACCAUAGUGUGCAGUGACUGUGGCCUGGGCUUCAGUGACAGGUCAAACCUCAUCUCCCACCAGCGGACACACUCUGGGGAAAAGCCUUAUGCCUGCAAGGAGUGUGGGCGCUGCUUCAGGCAGAGGACAACUCUUGUCAACCACCAGAGGACACACUCGAAGGAGAAGCCUUAUGUGUGUGGUGUGUGUGGGCACAGCUUUAGCCAGAGUUCAGCUCUCAUCUCUCACAGGAGGACACACACUGGGGAGAAGCCAUAUGUGUGUGGGGUGUGUGGACGAGGCUUUAGUCUGAAGUCCCACCUCAACAGACACCAGAACAUUCACUCGGGAGAGAAGCCUGUUGUGUGCAAGGAUUGUGGGCGAAGCUUUACCCAACCAUCAAAUCUCAUGAGACACCAGAGGGCACACUCAGAGGAAAAGCCCAUGGUGUGUGAGAAAUGUGGAAGAGGCUUCAGCCAGCAGUCAAACCUCAUUGCACACCAGAGGACACACUCAGGGGAAAAGCCAUAUGUGUGCCGAGACUGUGGGCGAGGCUUCAGCCAGAAGUCAAACCUCAUUGCACACCAGAGGACACACUCAGGGGAGAAGCCCUACGUGUGCCGAGACUGUGGGCAAGGCUUCAGCUACCAGGCUGCCCUCAUCAGGCACAAAAGGAAGCACUCACACGUGUAGGCAGUGUGGACUGGGCUUUAACAGUAAGUCAGCCUUAAUCACACAUAAGUGGGUCCACUCUGAAGAGAAGCUCUGUGUGUCCAGAGUGUAGCCAAGGCUUUAUCCAGAAGUCACACCUCACCUUACAUCAGAUGACAUACAAGGGGAGAAGCCUUAUGUGUGCCAGACCUGUGGGCAAGACUUUAGGCAGAAGUCUCCCUUCAGCAGACACAAGAAGAUGAAGUGUGUCCACCUCAAUCUGCCAUCCAGCCUGACUCUGAAGUCUUCCAGGGUCAUUCUUCUGACCCCUUCGGUUUUAUUUAAAAAUGAAGAUGAUGGAGAGGAUUCGUAGUCAAAAUCCUUAUACUUCCAUGAAGUAGGAAGAUACAUCUCAUAAGUAAUCGAUGGACAUUAACUUGGUUUGCUUCCUUUCCAGUAUGUCUCCAUGUUUUAUGUCUUUUUGUUCUAGUAAACUUUGCUUCUUUACAAAUCUGGAACCUAA